AUGGUUCAUUCUUCAUGGCACUCCCUCAGAUAUGAUAAUUGAAUCUAAGAUGGUACCAUUUCUGAGGUCUUCAGGCUAUAAUGUGAAAAAGGAUGUCCAGUUUCUACCAAUAUCUGGUCUUCUUGGUUCCAAUAUGAAAAGGAGACUGGACAAGAGCAUAUGCCCCUGGUGGAAUGGUCCCUGUCUCUUUGAAGUCCUUGAUGCAGUUGAAAUUCCUCCUAGAGAUCCAAAAGGAUGCCCAUAAUUGACAAAUUUAAAGACAUGGAAACUGUCGUGAUGGGAAAGGUUGAAUCUGGUACCGUGCAUGAGGGUGAUUCCUUAUUGCUCAUGCCAAGCAAGGGUCAAGUGAUAGUUCUUGCCAUUUACUGUGAUGAAGAUAAGGCUACACGUGCUGGACCUGGUGAAAAUCUGCUGGUUAAGUUAUCUGGAAUUGAAGAAGAGGACAUAUUAUCUGGUUUUGGCUUGUGUAGUGUUGCAAAACCAAUACCAACAGUCACUGAAUUUACGGCCCAGCUGCAGAUCCUUGAGUUGCUUGACAAUGCAAUAUUUACAGCUGGGUAUAAAGCUGUCUUGCACAUUCAUUCUGUUGUUGAGUAAUGUGAGAUUGUUGAACUGCUACAAGAAAUUGAUCCCAAGACAAAGAAACCCAUGAAAAAGAAAGUUCUAUUUGUUAAGAAUGGUGCUGUUGUUGUUUGCCGUAUUCAGGUGAACAACUUGAUUUGUGUUGAGAGAUUCUCAGAUUUUGCACAACUUGGAAGGUUUACUGUUCGAACUGAAGGUAAGUGACUGCAUUUUCACUAUUCAUGAAUUACCCUGGGCAUGCAUUGUGUAAUUUGGAUUACUGUGUCUACGGGGAAAACAGUUGUAGUGGGAAAAGUCAUGGACAUUCCUCCAAGUGCUAGUGCAUAAAAAAGUUUUGUUGUUAGAGGUGAGAAAUUAAAUUUAUAGUUUUUUUUUGAAAAAUGCAAUCUCUAAUGGGAUGUUUAAUGUAUGGCUAAUUCACCCUGACGGGUACGUCCACCAGAGUCUCCUUAUGAAUGGGUGUAAGUUGCAACACAGAAUCAUCUUAAAUGAAGUUGCCGCGUUAACAAUAUAUUGAUGUCUUGAGGAGAGGUGAGGUGCCGAUGCCACAGGUGCUUGGCAUUGCCCAAAACAAUAUUUUCUCAUACAAAACCCUUACUUAAAUGCUAAAUAGCACAAAAUUUUGGGGUAUUACACUCACCCCUCCUAAAAAGGAGUUUUGUCCCCAAAACUCAAAUUGAGGACCAUAUCAAGUGGUGAAUGGCUUCACCCAAUCCGAGGCAAAACAAAUGUCCCACUCACUU